CAAUAUAUCCAGUGAAUCCCUGCUGUUUUAGAAGUCUGAUAGGCCUGGCUGUCGCCCCAAACUGCAAACGCAAGGGGCGCCAACGACUAGAAAUGCAACGCGCGGAAGUCUGGCCGCUUGAGCUGGUUCCUAGCCCGCUGGCGGGGCAGCAUUUUACGCCGAGCGCGAGCAUCUCUACCAGCUUUUACUUCUCCAGCUCCCCUCUGAACGCGGACUAUUCUUCGGCGGCUCAAGUGUCUGCAGAUUACAACAAGAAAGCUAUUGACGACGUUUCGCAGCUGUUGGACGCCGAUGAGCUCCCAGCGCGAACUCCAGCGGUCCUUUGGCUCCGAGGCCGCCGCACACGGCAAGUGCUCCCGAGUGCAGGCAGCAGCGCCAUUUAAGCCAGCUAGCCCUGCUGUCCUCAAGCAGCAGCUGCAGCUUGAAGCUGACGCCAUUCUGACGGAGUUCAGGCAGGCGCUGUCAUACGGGCACGGCGCGCAGCAGUCCAAUGUGGUCACUGGCGAUGCGCCAAUGGCACAGAUGCAAGAGUGGACGUUGUCGGCUGGCCACAAUGUGACCUCCUGUGCCGCAGUGGCGACCAUGGAUGAAACUCCCACCUCGUGGCGAGGAGUGGGGCGAACAGCGCUGGAGAGCAUUACGCGUGCUGACGGCCGCCAGGUUGACAUCACCCCACAGUCUGAGGCGGCGUCUUGCAUGGGGCCUCACUGCACCAGCGUUAGUGGUGUCGGAGGGCUGGACAGCCGCUGCACAGCCCUGUUACGACCAGUGUCAACAACCACUGCUUCAGGCGGCUUCACAGACCAGCCCAGCGCCAACAGGUACUGGCGAGGCAUACAGCGGCAGCAGCAAGGGAUGCUGCGGCAACUGCAGCCGCAGACCCAGAACAGCCAUUACUGCGCCCCCCGGGACCAGCCACCGCAUGCAGUGGCGGCCUCGGCUGUAGUCAGCCUGUUGCCUCCUGGGCGGCUUUGCGGUGGUUGGCGAGCUGCCAGUGCUGAAGCCAUGGCGGCCAGCAGCCCAGCAUUGGCGCCAUCAGUAGACCUCAGCCGGCUGCUGGAGUCACCCUCGCCUGGCGGCAGCACGCCGCAGCAGCAAAAGCCAGUCAGCAGCAGGAUCGGAGUGCUUGCCACCACGGACAAAACCAACUCCGGCAGUUCUGGCUGUGGUUUCGGCUUUGCCCCGCCUGAUGCCAGCGACAUGCCCACGCCAAUGGGUGUCUCACGGGAGCUCAGCUUCAUGCCGUGUAGCAUGGCCAAAUCUGCUGCUACCGCUGCAACAGCUGCACCAGCGACAUUACUACCGGGGGAAGGUUCGACCUGCACAGGCCACUUCAGCAGCAUAUCACCACAAUCUGCCACCCCCGUGCUGAUAACUAGUGUGGCAGCAGGGCAAGCCAUGUCAAAGCCCGGCCUGCGCAGUGAGCGCCAGGGCUGGCAGGACCCCGGCGCUCUUGGGCAGUUGCAGCAGCAGUACACGUCACCUUAUCCAGUGAAAACUGGUGCUACCUGUUCAUUGGAGCAAGGCAUGUGUGCACAACCGCAUGACGCUUCUCCCCAAGCACCACUGCUGGGGCCCGAGCAGCAGCCGGCCAGCAUGCUGCUGCCAACAGCGGACAACGCAGGACUGCUGCUGUCCCCACAUGCCCUGAUCAAUGACGAAAUGUCAUGGGCGUCGUGGGCCUCAGAAGCUGACCUUAUCAGCAGGAGGCUGGCGCCAUUAGCUGGAGGCGGAGGGCAGCUGCCAGUGGUUGCACGGAGGGGAGUCAGCACCAGUCCAGCUGUGAGUGCUGCUGCAAGCAGCACCCUGUCGAACGGGUCCCCACUUCCGCCUGCACUUUCCUUGCCAUCGUGUGAGGUGCAGCACUCUGCUAGAAAUGGUGAGACUGGCCCUGGAGAAAGAGGGCCAUCACACUCCAGCGCUUGCCGCGAGCUCAGUCUGCUACAGGCAGCAGUGCUGAGCGGCUCACAGCCUGGCAGUGAUGAUGAACCCGAUGGCGACAGAAAGCUCAGUUCGCCCAUCUCGACUGCAAGCAGCCCCAGCAGUCUUGACAGCAGCCUGUGGCACCACCAUAUUCUGUCUGGCGCACAUGGCGCAGGAACUUUAGCAGGCGAGGCGGCAUCACCCACCAGUUUUUGUGCCUGCAUGGCAUGGGCCGGCAGCACGGUGGAGUGGCAGGUGGUACGAAACCCAGUAUUUGAGGACGAUGAGGAUGCUGGUGGCUCAUCUGCCCUGACUGCGACACCUUUACUGGUGCCUGGCACCAGAUGCAGCCUGGCUGGGAUUGCUGCUCGUGCUGGCACUGCCAGCCCUAUGCAUGCCCACAGCAGGAGUGCAGCAGGCGGCCCACCAGUGACCCCACCACACAAGCAGGCAGGUGGAGGGGCGGAGGCUGUUGACGGCGUGGCUGCACACAGCAAGCAAGACAGCAGCCCCCAGCAGCAGGGUGUUGGCCACUUUGGCCGCUUGUUGGGGUCAGACCAUUGUUCGCCCAGCCUUUGUGAGCUACAGCGGCGUCUGGGGCUAGCAGCAGCUGAUGUGGAUGAUGUUGGCGCCAGCACUGCCAAGCUAGGCAAGCUCCAGAGAGGUUGGACUGCAGUGGCUCAGCAGGAUGAGGCCAGGCAGUGGGGCGCCACUGCUAAAUCCAUCAGUCACAAAGUGUGGCAUGCAACUGCCGGCAUACUCACUGAUCCAGAGGCACAACUGAGCACUUCCCAGUCAGCAAUGUCUGGGCCACCGGCGUCUGCUGGCAUGGAUGCGACCUUGCGCGGCCUGCUUGCAGACCUGGAGUUGGCGCACAUGUGGCUGACAGGCAUGCUUGAAGCAGCAGUGGCAUUGGUGGCCGUGGGCGCACCAGACUCUGAUGAGUACAGAGCCACACGGUCGCCACCAGCAGCUACCCUAGGGCUUCUGACACCUGUCAGCAGGCCUGCCGCCACUACUGGAGGUGGCGAGGCCUGCACAGCCUCUGUGAUCUCAGCUGCACCAGACCAGAUUGCAGCUGCCGAUGCUGUGGGGCGGGCCAUUCCUCAGCUGCUCAAGCUGGUGCAGGAGAACAGCGGCUUGGCGCGUGCAAAUGAGCAGCUCCGUGGUGAACUGGGCCGCACCCAGGCUGCACAGCUGGAGGUACAGGCGUGUACCAAGCUGCUGCAGGCGAUGCUAGAGGAGCGUGGCCAUGAGGUGGCACGCCUGUCAAAGGCCCAUCUGUGGCACACAGUGCAACUGGAGUCCCAGCUGACCUGCUGCCAGGAGCACAUCCUGCAGCUGGAGUGCGCGCAGUCGCAGUUCACCCUGCAGGCCCAGCAGCAGGCGCAGCAGCUUGAGGAGGCAAAUGCACAAGUCGCUGCCCUCAGUGCUGACAUGGCUGGCCUGCAUGCACGGGUCCAGGAGUAUGCCAGUGAGUGUCACACACAACAGCAGCAUGCAGUGGUGCUGGAGCGGGAGCUGGCAGCCAUGUCUGUGGCAGUGCAGCAGGAGGCUGAUGCAGUGCAGGUGGCGGACGCUGCCGCAGCGGCUGUGGCUGCUGACACACAGGAGCAGCACAGCAACUGGCUGCAGCUCCUCCCACCCUUGAUGGCACCAACAGCUGAUGACAUGGCAAACACUAAGCUGGGCAUAAGCUGUGCACAACUGUGGCAGCCGCCAGCCGAGUGCUGCAGCCCGAUGCUGUUUCCGCACACCACUGGUGCCAGCACUGCCUCUGAUGGUGAUGCAGCCCAUCAUGGUGACAGUGCCAGCUCCAGGUCCGCCCACCAGCAGCAGCACCCAUUCUGGAAUUCCCAGGAACAGAGGCUGCUCAUCCAGCAGAUGAGCAACCUUCAGUGGCAGCUGGUACAGGCACAGGAACAUGUGGAACAGCUGCAGGAUGAACUGGAGGCGGCACGUGUGGCCAUGAGCGAGCUGGUUGCAGAGCGCUCAGAGGCAAGGGCGGAGGUGGCUCGCAUGGAGGCAACUGCCAACCAGUUCAGCAAAACAGUGGCAGCGGCACAGGCGGCUGAGGUGCAGGCAAGGGAGAGUGAGCAGCAUGCUCAGCAUGCCACAGGGCUGUGUGAGGCCCAGCUGUUGGCAGUCCUGUCACAGCUGGAGAUUAACCAGCAGCAGUUUAACAUGCGUGAGCAGGGCCUACAGCAGCUGGUGGUCCAGCUGCAGGGUGAGCGUGAGACCCUCAAGCAGGGAUCACAGCAGGAGUUGAUGAGCCUGCAACAACAGCUGGAGCAGCUAAAAUGCACCUGCCAAGCCAUCAAGCUUGAAUCAGGGCAGGAGGUGGAGGGCCUGAGGCAGCAGCUUGCACAGGCUCAGGCGCAGGUCAGACAGGUAGCAUGGGAGCAAGCGCAUCAGUGGCAGCAGCAAGAUGAUGCUAUGGAGCAGGAAAAACAGCAGCUACAGGAGGAGCGCUGUCGCUCAGCAGCCCUGGAAGUGGAGGUCCAGACAGCCACCCGCCGGUUGCAGGACUUCAAGAAGCAGCUGCAGGCAGUUUCAACAGCAGCACAUGCUGAGGUGGUGAACAUGGCCUGCUGGAGCACCCCAACCAGCGCAGUUCAGCACAAUGUGGCUGCUGCAGCAACAGCCGCUCAAUACCCUGCAGCAGGGCAUGCUGACUCUCUGCCUGGGCCGGAGCAUGACCUGGACGAGCUGCACUCAUCCCUAGACAUGGCAGUGACUGGUGGGGUGUUUGAUGCCCCUGGCAGACUGACUACCUGCAUGCUGCCGGCUUAUGCAGACGCAAUGCAAGGCCAGGAGCAAUUGGAUUUGGCAUCAGGUGGGUUGCUGGUGGCCAUGAGCAGCACCCAGCAUGUCAUUGGCAGUAGUGCCUGCCAGCACCUAGCUGAGCCAGUGCUGCAGCUGCGCUAUGCUCUCAAGACACUGGCGCAAACCACCAUGGAGCUUGUCAAGAUCAUUACAGGCGGUGCCACGCUUGGCAAUCUUCCCGCAAUGGACAUUGGGGCACCAACCAUGCAUUCUGCUGGCUCCACCACUGGCAUAAGCUGCAGUUUGAAGGAGCAUGUGUGGAUUGUGGAGAACCUUCAUGAGAUGACUCCAGCCGUGCAACAGAUGGCGAGGCAGCUUGCAGCAUGCCUGCCCUAUUUGACCACUUCUGAAUUGAGGGUUCAGCUCACAGACCUCAAGCAACAGUUGGACCAGGAGCGUGCACAGCAAUUUGAGGAACAGUUGGAGACUAGAGUACACCUGGCAUCCCUGCAACGUGUGGCACAGCAGCUGGCAGCCAAGGUCACAGAGUAUGAAGCAAUCAUUCCAAAACUGCACUGACAUGAGAAUGAUGAGACCUUGUGACCCCUGCCUGUUGCAUAGUGUUCAGCACCAGCUGGACAUGGCAAGCUCUUACAGCUGGGAAUUUGAGCAAACUAAUAGUUGAGGAUUUGAGUGAUUGUCCAGGCAUUUACAGAUGCCCUGGGGAAGUCAGCAGCCAAGCAAAGUCAGAUCCUCAGGAGAGUGAAUGUGAGCAGGGUAAAUGUAAAUAUAGGUCUCUGGCAGAUAGCCAGUGUUUCCAAAACUGAGUACUAUUAUUACCCGUUUGGGUCAAAAUUGACACAGGUACUGGAACCUAAUUAUUGGGGCCUUGAGUACCAAAACAAGGGUACCAAAAUACUAAUUGGCCAGACACUAUUCUACCCAGGCCCACCGCUUAUAAUACUUGCUAUGCAUAUUACAGUAAGGUUAAGGAUAAGAACUUUGGCAAAGUCAAGGCCAUUAAGUCCUUCAGUGGGUGGUCUGUCUGGGGCGCCGGCUGGGGUGUCCUUGGCCAGGGUGGGGGCCUCUGCUGCGUGCGGGGACAGUGAUGGGGAGUACAGGGCGGUGUGCUUGACCUCAGAGGCCUGCAGUGCUAUUGGUGCUGACCUUGCCACCUUCCAGAACCACCUUCCUGAUGUGAGCUGGCAGCCUUUGGCAGCAACCUGUUUGGAGGGCGACUCCUGCAGUACCUGCGGGGCCUGGGGGCCUCGGACACCAGCCUCUCCAUUGGCUUUGUGCCUGCAGGCCACAUUGCGGUCUUGGCACAGCUUCAA